GAGGGAAAGGGAAACGGUCUUCCUCCUGCAGCAGCUGGUGACUGCAGGACUCAGCUACUACGUGCACCCCGAGCCUGCAGCAUGGAGUCCCCCCCCCUGCCCGGAGGAAGGACCGGUCUGUCCUCCGUCCUGCUCGCAGCGCUGCUGCUCUCCGUCUCUGCGGACGAACACGUGAAGACCUCGCAGUGCCACAACUACGCGGGGGGACACGUCUAUCCCGGGGAGGCUUUCCGCGUCCCCGGGUCCGACCACUCUCUGCACCUCAGCAAAGCCAAGAUUUCAAAGCCUGCACCGCACUGGGAAGGAACAGCCGUCAUCAACGGGGAAUUCAAAGAGCUGAAGCUGUCCGACUACCGAGGAAAAUACCUUGUGUUUUUCUUCUAUCCCUUGGAUUUCACUUUUGUCUGUCCUACCGAGAUCAUUGCGUUCAGCGACCGUGUGCACGAGUUUCAGGCCAUCAACACCGAGGUGGUCGCCUGCUCCGUGGACUCCCAGUUCACCCACCUUGCAUGGAUCAAUACUCCCAGGAAGCAGGGUGGACUAGGUCAAAUGAAAAUCCCUCUGCUGUCAGACCUUACUCAUCAGAUUUCAAAAGACUAUGGAGUCUACCUGGAGGACCAGGGACACACGCUAAGGGGUCUUUUCAUUAUCGAUGACAAAGGAACCUUGAGGCAGAUCACCAUGAAUGAUCUCCCGGUGGGAAGAUCGGUGGAUGAAACUCUACGGCUGGUUCAGGCCUUCCAGUAUACAGAUAAACACGGAGAAGUAUGUCCAGCUGGAUGGAAACCAGGAAGUGACACCAUCAUUCCAGAUCCUUCAGGCAAGCUGAAGUAUUUUGAUAAAAACUGAAUUGUUUUCAUUCCCCAGUUUGUGAAAUCCAGCCAAAUAAAAUGUGUUUUCCUAAACUGCUAUA